AUGUCUGGCUUCAGCAACGCGGACACGGGCUCCAAGAAUGCCGAUCCCUACACCCAGAAGAACCUUGAGGAACCUUCGUUGAAGGAGAAGGUUGAAGACCUGUUCAGCUUCGUGGACAAGACCAAGUUCUGCCUGUUGACGACACAAGUUGCGGACAGUGACCUCCUGGCCUCGAGGGCGAUGGCUCUAGCUGCCAAGGAGGGACAUGGUUUCGACCUUCUCUUCCACACCAACACUGAGUCUGGCAAGACAGACGAUCUCAAGGAGCACGCAUCAGUCAACAUUGGCUUCAUCAACAACUCGGGCGAGUGGGCAUCCAUUUCAGGUCACGCCUCUAUCGAGACCGACCGCGAAGUUGUUCGCAAGCACUACUCACCAGCGCUCAAGGCCUGGAUUGGUGACCUUGGCGAUGGCAAGCACGACGGCGGCCCCGAGGACCCCCGUAUCGGCAUCAUCCGCGUCAAGGCGAGCACUGCCCAGUACGCUGUAUCGAAGAGGACUCAGCUCGGUGGCCUCGUUGAGCUGGCCAAGGGCAUUGCGACUGGCGAGUCACCGAACGUCAACAAGCUGAGGCAGAUCAGCGAGGUGGAGAUCCAACAGUACAGGUCCCAGUAG